UUAUUUUAUUUUAUUUUUUUAUUCUCUCUCUCUCUCUCUCUCUCUCUCUAUUCCCACUGUUGAUAAAUCCUCUCUCUGUCUUCCUUAACAUAAAAAUCUACCUAAACCCCUCGAAAGCUCCAAAACCAUGGCUUCAAUAUCAGCGGACCUAGCCACCGCCAUCUUCCGCCUCACCGCUCGGAGCCCUACGCCUCUUUCCCGGGUCCGAACCGCCGUCCAUUUUCCUCUCCUAUGGAGACCAAGGGUUCCUCACUCCUCCCAAACUGCAAGGUACUCAACGUCGUCGUUUCGCUCCAGAACGAUCAUCGCCGUCGACUUCGCCAAGCCCAAGAGGAGUUCGCGGAGCCUCACCGUCGCCUCUACCGCCGCGCCGACGUCCCAGGGCGAGACCUCCGACGUUUCCACGAAGAUUCCGCCGGAUAAUCGGAUUCCCGCCACCAUUAUCACCGGAUUCUUGGGCUCCGGAAAGACCACAUUGCUUAACCAUAUAUUGACUGCGGAUCAUGGAAAGAAAAUUGCGGUUAUUGAAAAUGAGUUUGGAGAGGUAGAUAUUGAUGGUUCAUUAGUCGCCUCGAAAGCUACUGGGGCCGAAGAUAUUAUCAUGUUGAAUAACGGUUGCCUUUGCUGCACCGUGAGGGGUGAUCUUGUGAGGAUGAUAUCAGAAUUGGUGGACAGAAAGAAAGGGAAAUUUGAUCACAUUGUGAUAGAGACCACGGGGUUGGCAAACCCAGCUCCUAUCAUUCAGACAUUUUAUGCUGAGGAUAAGGUUUUUAACGAUGUCAAGUUAGAUGGUGUUGUCACGUUGGUGGAUGCCAAACAUGCUGGAUUUCAUCUGGAUGAAGUUAAGCCAAAAGGAGUAGUAAAUGAAGCUGUAGAGCAGAUUGCUUAUGCUGAUCGUAUUAUUGUGAAUAAGACUGAUCUUGUUGGAGAGCCAGAUAUUGCUUCAUUGGUUCAGCGGAUUCGGAAUAUCAACCGCAUGGCUCAACUCAAGCGGACAAAUUUUGGACAAGUUGACUUGGAAUAUGUUCUUGGCGUUGGAGGCUUUGAUUUGGAGAGGAUUGAGAGUGCGAUUGAUGCUGAAAGUGCAAAGGAAGAUCACCAUGAUCACGAUCAUGAUCACCAUGAUCAUGAUCAUGGGCAUGACCAUCAUCACCAUCAUGAUCACGAUCAUGCAGAACAUCAUGAGGGCCACCACUCCCAUGACCAUACUCACGAUCCGGGUGUUUCUUCUGUCAGUAUAGUUUGUGAAGGAAGCUUAGAUCUCGAGAAGGCUAAUAUAUGGCUCGGCACGUUAUUAUUGGAGCGAAGUGAAGAUAUAUAUCGUAUGAAGGGACUCUUAUCUGUUCAGGGCAUGGAUGAGAGAUUUGUUUUCCAGGGAGUUCAUGACAUAUUCCAAGGUUCACCGGAUCGGUUGUGGGGCCCAGAUGAACCAAGAGUAAGCAAGAUAGUUUUCAUAGGGAAGAACUUGGACAAAAAGGAAUUAGAGGAGGGUUUCAAGGGUUGCUUACUGUGAUCUCUUUCUCGCAUUUUCGAGCGUGCAAUCGAAUAUAAUAUGCAUGUAUUGAUGUUGUACUAGCAAUUACACCGAGUAAUGAAAUCUUACACCUCAUCUUGUUUUACAACAUCAGUCUUGUGGGCUUUUCGAGUUAUCAAGGACAUUGUACAUUUGAUUUGAAAUUAGAGGAGCGUUUCGACAGCUCCUAACUGUGAUUACUAAAACGACAUGCCGUUUUGACACAUUUUGCUGCCUCAACAGACCUUUAGAUUUUUGCCGGUGUCGUUCUGCAUGUUCACAUAUUGUAUUUCAUUUUUAUUAUCGUUAAGCUGCCAAAAGAGGUCGAACAAAAUUAAAUAACUAGCAUUAUCGUUGCUGUUAACGGAAGAAAAAGGGAAGAUUUUAAC